AAAAGAAAAACUCCACGAGAGUCUCUCCUCACUUAUCAGCAGCGGGACUUAAGAUGAUCUGUAUUCCUUCAAAACAGGGGAUUAUCAUUCCACGGCCACGGCCAUCCUUGUAAGCUGUUUGGUUGUACGCUCAGAGUCAGAGAGUUCUUGCAGAGAACCCGCUAUGGAUUUCGACUGGGUUGGCUUCCUCAAAGGCAUGUUGAAGCCGGUUGCAGCACUUGCCGUGGUCUUAAUGGCGGUUGCUCUGUCGAUGGUACAGAAACUGGGUUUGGAGAAGGAGAUGAUCUAUUCGAUUGCUAGGGCCUUUGUUCAGUUAUCUAUUAUCGGCUUCGUCCUUCAGUUUAUUUUCAGUCAGAAUAACGGUGGCUGGAUUGUUCUUGCCUACUUGUUCAUGGUUUCUGUUGCUGGUUAUACAGCAGGGCAGCGCGCUAAACAAGUGCCGCGUGGGAAGUACGUUGCCGGAGCUUCCAUUUUGGCCGGAACUGCAGUGACCAUGUUCUUGCUGGUGGUGCUGAAUGUUUUCCCCUUCACCCCACGGUACAUCAUCCCUGUUGCAGGAAUGAUGGUUGGCAACGCAAUGACUGUAACUGGGGUUACAAUGAAAAGACUUCGAGACGACAUAAAAGUUCAGAAAAGCCUGGUUGAGACAGCAUUGGCCCUUGGAGCAACCCCACGUCAGGCCACACUCCAGCAAGUGAAAAGAUCUCUGGUUAUUGCUCUCUCUCCUGUGUUGGACAAUGCCAAGACAGUGGGACUGAUCUCUCUGCCGGGCGCAAUGACUGGUCUUAUAAUGGGAGGCGCGUCUCCUCUGGAGGCCAUUCAGCUGCAGAUCGUGGUUAUGAACAUGCUCGUCGGGGCAUCAACUGUCAGCAGCAUUAUGUCAACUUACCUCUGUUGGCCCGCCUUUUUCACCAAAGCUUACCAGUUGGAGACCAAGGUCUUUGCUUCCGAGUAGGCACCCAGCUGUGUUGCAUUUGCAUAUAUAUAGAUGAUAGCAGAUCUCCUACGGCCAACUUGUUGAAUGUGAGCUAAUGCAUGCAACUGCAGGGAGUUUUUGUUCAGUGACAGAAGCUUGAUUUUCUACCAACUUGUGAUUUUGUGAAUGAAAUUUGCUGAACUCUUAAAUUUCUGUAACCAUUUAAUGAAGGAAAUCCCACAAGGAGUAUUUGGUGAAUAUAUAGCUUUGUCUCUA